AUGCCCAAAGUUCCUUCGUCCCCGCAAUCCCGGCGCGUGCGCUUCGACCUGCCACUGUCCAGGGAGAACACCAUCUACUCCGAGUCUUCGACAUCGUCCCGUCGGCCAGCCGAUCCCACACCAGACGAGCAGGACCUCCAGGAUGAAGACCUCAUCAAACAUCUCCUGCUGGAUUCUGUAUCCUCAUCCCAAUCCACGGAAGAGACCGACGAGGUUCCUUUCGUGCUGUACAACGUCCCCGGCCCGAUAGGCCUCCAGUUCCUGUACAACACACUCGACUCUCUCAACCUCCUCUCCUACGGCACACCCUCUCCACCUGCACCCACCCCUCCCCCCAAGCCCCCACACUCCGCCCGCCCCAAGCCCUACACCAAGAAACGCCUCUACCCCGUCACCAAAGACCGCUACACCCACCGUACCCCCCGCCGCACCACCACCUCUUUCUACCACACCGAAGCCUACUUCGCAGACGCCGAGUCCGAGUACAUCAUUCCACCCGGUGCCGACGACGAGUCCCCCGUCCGCAUCCGCGUCACUGGCGACUGGAGCAAGGAGCGGCUGGGGAAGCAGAAGGGCGACGAGCUCGUCAUCUACCGCGUGCCGCAGAACGACGUGGUGUUCUUUGGCAUCUCGUCGGCCGGGUAUGGGCUCAAGGGCCACAGCAUCCGUCAGCCGCGGGACGGCGAUGCGGUCACGGUGGUUCGUCAUGGCCAUGUUAGUUGGGACAUGGGGAACAAGGGCGAGAAGUGGUUCCUCAUGGGCAGAGACGAGAGCGUUAUUUCGGAUCUGGUGAUUCGUGCGCGUGUUACCCGUCCGAGCCUGUUCACGAGAGUGAAGAGGGCGCUGUGGGAGGAACCCAAGCGAUACCUCGCUGCGAAUCCCAUCCUACCAAACCCUUUCGCAUAA